UCGCCUGUUGAUUCUGCUCACUUCUCCGGAGGUUUGCGUUCUAACUAAUCGGUUUAUUUGGCGUCACAGCGGGGGAUUAAUCAGCACCGAUCCCUCUGUACAGACUCUUACUGAGAAGCAGCGCUGGAGCUCCGGAUCUCUCCUGAUGGAUUUACACGCUGUGUGCUGCACUCUGCUUCUGCUGACAUGGACAGGAGCAUGUUUUGCCCAACAGCUGUUAUUACCUGAGAAAAUGGAUAAAGCGGUUGGGGAGAAUGUAGUGAUUACCCCAAUCCGUAUUCCUGAUCCACCACAUUACAGCAUCAGAUGGAGGUUUAAUAUGAUCACCAUUCUCGCUGGACCUCCUAAUGGAAUUAUAGUCCAGCCACCGUACAGAGACAGAGUCAGUCUGAACAGGAACACUUUAGCUCUGGAGCUCAGGAACCUGGCUGAGAGUGAUAGUGGAGAAUAUUCUCUGACUGUAGACACUCUUACAGCUCCGCUCACAGAUGUCACCUCACUACAGGUGCUUGUUCCCAUCUCCAGUGUUACAAUAGUACCAGAUAACACAGAGCUGAUUGAAUUCAACAGCACUGUGAACCUCACCUGCUCUGCCUCUGGCUCCUUGCUUUCAUUUAUUUGGCUGAAUGGCAGCUCUGAGGUAACAGCAGGGGGGCGAGUUCAGCUAACAGACAACAACCGCAAUCUGACCAUCACCAGUGUGAUCAGAGGUGACACAGGCCCAUACCAAUGUGAAGCGUCUAACACCUUCAGCAAGAAAAGGAGUCCUUCGUUGAGCCUCACCAUUUACUAUGGUCCCGAAAAUGUUGUUGUUGAAGCAGAUCCAGUGGGAGGUUUCUACAGCUCUGGGUCUAAUGUCAAACUGAUCUGCUCAGCUGAGUCCAGCCCUGCUGCUGAGUUUCAGUGGGCUGUGAAUGGAGCAGAGCUUGGUGAAAUGGGCCAAGAGCUCAGACUGAACAACCUUCAGAGCAGUCAGAGUGGCAGUUACACCUGCAUCGCACAUAACAAACAGACCCUGAGAUACUCCACGUCUGAACCCUUCAGCAUCACUGUAUUCGAAAAAAUACUUGGAGCAGCAGUUACUGGAACAACAGAUUUGCUAAUAGAAGGUGUUUCCAAUGCUACAUUAAGUUGUAAAGUGAAUGGAUCCAUCCACAGUGCUGAAUGGAUGAAAGAUAAUCAGAAACUGUCAUCUAGUGACAGGAUCACAUUCUCGAAUGAUAACAGAUCGGUGAUGAUCAGUCCAGUGAGGAGAUCAGACAGUGGUGUAUACCAGUGUACACUCAGCAACCCCAUCAGCUCUGAUACUGCAACAUACACAGUGAUUGUUAACUUUGGACCAGAUAAUGUGGCAAUUAAUGGACCAAGUGAAGUGGAAGUGGGACAAACUGUUAAAUUGAUAUGUAAUACUGAAUCUACACCAAAAGCCUCAUACAAAUGGAUGUUUAACGGCAGUUUAACUAAAGUGAAUACAGCUGAAUAUACUGUGAAGAAUGCUGACUUCACACACACUGGAAAUUACAGCUGCACAGCCUCCAAUAAUGCAACAGGGUUUAACGCCUCAGGAUCCCAUGGUCUGGUAGUAAAAGAAAAGGCUGUGGGUGGAGGCGGGGGCGUGGUCAAGCGCCGACGGCCACUGUCUGCAGGAGCUAUAGCUGGGAUUGUUAUUGGUGUUUUAAUAGGUGUUGCUGCAGUUGUGGGUUUGAUUUUCUACUUCGUGAAAGGCAAAGAAAUGUAA